GGGCGCCCCAUAAACCAAACUUCAACAACCAAAGGUAUACUACGCCGCAUCAAUGGCAUCAGCGAGUAGAUUGCUCCGGACGUGCAGAGCACUGCAGAUCGAUCCAUCAUCAUCAUCAUCUCCGUCUACUACUUCUAACAAUGCACUGAGGUUUCUUCGACGGACGGCUAAGAUCGCUGCGGAGAAGAGGGUCUUUGCAGAUAGUGAAACUAAGCCAGUGGUGGCGGUGAAGGCUUCGGCAGUUUCCGAGAGAGCGGUUUCGGAAAGGCAACAGACUAAGGGCGGAGUAGAUCUUGCAUUGCUUGCGGCGAACGUCGCCGGCGCUGCUCUGAGUGUUUUCAGGCAUGCCUUGAAGAGGAAAUCUUGGCAGGUUGAGGCGGAGAUGUUCAUCGAUAGAGGAAUCAUCAACUGCCGGUUCUUCACAUUAAUCGCAGUUGCGGGAUCAUUACUUGGCUCGAUCUUGUGCUUUGUCGAGGGUUGCUUUCUAAUUCUUGAGUCAUUCUUUGAGUAUUUCCAAACCAUGGCACAAAGGACAGAUCGAGGGCAGGUGGUCCAGCUACUCAUUGAAGCCUUAGAUUCAUUUCUUAUAGGAACAGCCAUGCUUGUUUUUGGGAUGGGGAUGUAUGCUAUGUUUGUGGGCUCCAAAGAGAUGAAGAGAAAUAAGGGAUGGCUGGUUCCUGAGUCUAGCUUUUUUGGGCUCUUCCCUCUUAAGAGGCUUCCGUCGUGGGUAGAGAUGGAAUCCGUGUCGCAGGCGAAAUCGAAGAUUGGACACGCGGUGGUGAUGUUACUUCAGGCGGGAGCGGUGGAGAAGUUCAAGAACGCACCCAUGGCGAAUGGGUUGGAUCUUGCUUGCUUUGCUGGGGCCAUUCUAUUUUCCUCCGCUUGCAUUUUCCUUCUAUCAAGACUCUACAUGAAAUGAAAAAUGAAAAGAGGCCAAAGAAAAUUACAAUCAAGAAAAUACAACUUUCUAUAGAUUAUAGAGAAGAAAGCAGAAGAAUCUCGUUUUAUAGUUACACGUUUCUUUCAUUAUAUGAAGUUGUAAAUCUUUUUAAAGAUAGAAGAUUAAUGUAAAUUGUCUACUUAGAUUA